AGUGUGUGUCAGUGUGUAGUCAGUGUGUGUAGUCAGUGUGUGUCAGUGUGUAGUCAGUGUGUGUCUGUGUGUAGUCAGUGUGUGUCUGUGUGUAGUCAGUGUGUGUCAGUGUGUAGUCAGUGUGUGUACUGUGUGUAGUUGGGGUCUCUUCCUGGUUCUCCACCGUGUCCGCCAUGUUGCUCCACUCACAGCUGGAGGUUCAAGCCGUUAACUAGUUCAACAAGUUCUCUAACUAGUUCAACUAGUUGUGACUCCACCGCUCGUUAGCUUCGUGCUAGCCGCAGCAGCGCGUCGGUCCCAGCAUGUUCUGCUGUAACUGGCUCUGUGUGGACUCGGGGUCUGACGUGGACCCCCCUGCAGCGGAGCACCAGCACCAGUCCUACACCAACUCUGGCUUCAACAGUCCUCCACCCGAACUCACCUGUACGGCCUGCGGGGGGCGCCUCGACACGGCUGACAAGAAGCAUGUGUGUGUAGACUGUAAGAAGGACUACUGCAGCCGUUGCUCCGCCCACCUGGAGCCCCGGCCCCGCCUCUGCCACACCUGUCAGCGCUUCUACGGCAACCUGCUGGAGCGGGCGGAGCUCAUGAAGCUGAAGGUGAAGGAGCUGCGGGACUACCUGCACCUGCACGAGGUGUCCACCCAUCUGUGCAGAGAGAAGGAGGAGCUGGUGGAGCUGGUCCUCGGUCAGCAGUCCUCUCCAUCUGACGAGUCCGCCCCCGAGACCCUGAUCCCCGACCCCUCCUCAGUGACCUCUGACCCCCCUGACAUCACACCUCGCAUCUCCACCAUGACUCCUGACUCCCCCACCUCCGCCCCAGAGCCCCCGGCCGCACAGCCUGAAGCCCCGCCCACAGAGACCGACCCCCCCCAGCCUGACGUUCAGGACGAAGACCAGAACUGGGACCCGGAGGAGGACCCGGAGGAGGACCCGGAGGAGGCCCCGGUUUCGGGUCGCCGGGCCUCUCUGUCUGACCUGAGCUGUCUGGAAGACAUCGAGGUGCUCAGCGUCCGACAGCUGAAGGAAAUCCUCGCCAGGAACUUUGUCAACUACAAAGGCUGCUGUGAGAAGUGGGAGCUGAUGGAGAGAGUGAGCCGGCUUUACCAGGACCAGCAGAACCUACUGGCCGCCAACGUUGUGAACGCCUCAGAGUCCGGUGGCGGUGGUGGAUCUGCAGGUCAGGAGGAGAACCUCUGCAAGAUUUGUAUGGACUGUCCCAUUGACUGUGUCCUGCUGGAGUGUGGUCACAUGAUCACCUGCACCAAGUGCGGCAAAAGGAUGAGCGAGUGUCCCAUCUGCCGCCAGUACGUCGUCCGAGCCGUCCACGUCUUCCGGUCCUGAGCCAGAAACCCUGACCUGAACCCAGGAUCGCCAUCAAAGGAAUGAAGUGUAAAUGAAUCCUGUUUAUUUAGCUAACUCUAUUUUUCUAGAAGGGAGAAGUGGCCUUAUGUGAACGCUGAAUGUACAGACUGACUCCACAGCCGGUCCAUCACUUUGACCUUUUUAAACUCGAGGCCCAGACUCCUCUGUGCCUCCACUGAAGGGGGUUCUACCAAAGAGACGCUUUACCUGGACAGGUGAGGAGGCCUUGAACUCCCUUAUUGCACCCUUUACUUAGUUUACAGUCAGUGACUUUACAACAAGAACUCCGUGAAGUGACGAUAAAGCAGUUCGGCCUUCUCUUUUACUCCCACUUCACUUAUCAAACCCAAACUGGUAAUUAGAGCCGCUUCAGAUCAGCCGUUAAUCAGAGACCGGACAUCAGCACGCCCAUUAAUCUGCCUUCAGGUGAGAUCACCAGCAGGAAGUAAACCUCUGACCUCCAAACACACACUCUGAGCCCGCCCCCAGCCUCAGGUGAUUGGUGCUCCACCUGUCAAUCACAUGUUCACCUUCAGACGUGCAGGUGAGCAGAAAGAAGAACUGAUGGAUCUGAACGCUGCUGUUUCCUUUCAGAUCCUCCAUGUCCUUAAAAACUCUUAAUUACUGGAUGAACAACCAGUUCAACGUGUCUGGAACUCAAGGUUUCCUGGAGAGAACUCUAGGAAAGCGUUAAUACUUUAAAUGUAUUAAAACAAGAAUAAUUGUCAGAGGAACCGUCACAGCAAACCAACAUGAAAAACACAGUUCAACAAAUGUGGAUGAUGAAAUAUUUUUAAAUAAACAAAUGUUUAUUUUAGUUCAAAAUAUACCUGUUCUUUCAAGGAAGUUCCGACAAUUAGCUUAAAUGCUACAGCUAACAAUUAGCUUUGUUUUUCGAUUGAUACAAUGAAUAUUUCUUUGAUGUGAAAUGUCUUGAUAACAAAUGAGCAAACUGCCUCACCUACUACCAAAACUGAAGCUCGUGAAGUUUUAACGGUUAGUUGAUUGUCAUUUCCUCUUUAUAUUUUCUGGGAAUUUGAGGAUUUUGGGGACCUUUUGGGGGAUUUUAUAUUCUGUAGUUAAAAACAUACGGUUUUGUUUACAGUGUUUUUAUACUGGGCUUUGUGACUAAAUUAAGGGCAAUAAAGAAGCUUGGAGAAGCUUUGAAGCAGCCCUACAUCUUUGAAAAGCAGGUUUCUCUUACUAUUAAAAGUCCCAGGACGUGUCCCUGAGGAACUCCACUUGUUAGACUAAAAACGACUAAAACAAGUUUGUUUACUACGUUCUUUUAUGUCUGGUUUUAAUAGAAACAACAGAGGUCCCAGCACGCGUCCCUGAGGAACUCCACGUGUUCUUAAAAGACUAGAUAGAACAAGUUGAUUUACUAAUCUUUACCAGCAGACUGUCUUUAGCAGUGAAACUCUGGUUUGACGUGGACUGAGUCGUCGUAACUCUGAAUGCACUAAUCUGUUGAUGUUUUAACAAAGAAGAGGAACUUGUUCUGCGGGAAUUCAUUUUUAGUUUUUGGUUGUUCUUUAUUAUUAAAGGUAUGGUUUAUUUUUGUUGUGAAUAUAUUUGAUUUUCUUUGUUUUUCUGCAAUGAUGGUUUGUAUUUACAACCUUCAUGACUUUGGGAUUAAACAUUCAGCAGCACUGUGGGAGUUUUAUUGGACGAAACCCUUCAGGUAUCCGUAGCAUCGUUAUCGUUAGCUGACCAACAUGGAAGCUAACGUGCUAACAUCCAGCAGGUCUGAAGUGUUGAGGCUUGUUCAGAUAAAACAGAUUCUACUCUUUUAAUUGUGUCAUUUAAAUAAUAGUUUGAGGAUCAAAGGGUUCUGGCUUGUGACCACUGGAGGGGUCCCGACCCACAGUUUGGGAACCACUGCCUUAGUCUCAGUGAGACGCUCUGAACAUUCAGUUUUAACUCCUGACUUUGUGUUGUUUUUAAAGCUUCACUGUAAUCGGUUGAAAAUGAAAUAUUGUAAUUUUGAAGAAGCUUUAGUUUUCUGAGUGGACUUUUUUCUAAUAAAAGCAGUUCUCUUCCA